GUCUUUUCGCGCGAAUGCUUGGGUGGAUUUUAACUUGCAUUUUACUCUUAUUUUGAGCCAGAAAUCGUUAUAAUUUUACCUGAAAUAUCUGUAUUUAACGUGUACAAAUUUUUACAACGUUUCAAUUUAACAAGUUUCGGUUUUAUUUGUGUAUUUAAAGACGACGAGUGAAGCGUAAUGGCGAGAAAGCGAAGGUUGCAAUCAGAUAGCGAGGAUGAGCAAGAAGAUAUCGAAAUGCAGGACGAUCGUGAAUCCUCACGGCCCAAGAAAAAGAGAGUUUCAUCGGUUGAAGAUCAUGAUGAGACGGAGGAUAUGGGUGAAAACGAAGAACUCGAUUGUUCGCAAGCUCCAGAUUUUGUCGUGUCGACAGCGGUAAGUCACUUGAGCGAUUGUGCUCCUCCCCUGAACCUGGCUCACCUUCGUUCACUUCAGCACUAGAGCUCUGUCAGAAUGUAGAUCAGGUUUGCAGUUCCUUAAAAGACUUAAAAGCUAAGAGGAGUAUUCAGUGGGAAGGUAAUUUCUUCGUAUCGACUAACGAUCGUUAUCCAUUCAAGAUCUGUGCUUGUCGUUACAGUAUGAUAAAGCUCAUGUAAAACUCAAUGUUGCGUUUUGGAAAAGAAAAAAAAGUACAUUAUCGGAGUCCAGAUGGGAAAUUUUGGGCACUUAUCUUUCGUAUCCGCCGUGAUGGGAUAUGCGCUUUGCAGAUAACACGAUUGGAGUAAGAAUUAGAACUGUUCACAUUUUGUAGAGUAGUUUCUUAGUUAAGAGAAGAUUUCUGUCAAGUUCAAUAAUUAUUAUUUGAUUUGUUUGUGAUAUGUGAUAUCUUUGAUACUGCUUGGAUCAACAGUAGAAAGCAUGUAUGUUCUUUAUUACUGACAGUAAAAUACCGUAAAAUUCCAAAAAUAAGCCCUGGGGCUUUUAUUUUUCAAAGGCCCUUUUUGAGGGGCUUUUUUUUGGAGGGGCUUAUAUUCGGAGGGGUUUAUCUACGGAGGGAAAUUUGCGUUUCAAAAUCGAUUGGGCUAGCCUUAUAGUUGGAAGUAAAUUUACUGUUUUUGCUUUGUUUUUUGCGUUACCGGAUUAAGGGGCUUAUAUAUAGAGGGGCUUAUUUUUGGAAUUUUACGGUAGUUCUUAAAACCUGGCCCCUCCAUUAAGGCAAAAUUUCCCGUUUGACCGGUUAAUUGCAAAGUGAACCCUCAGUUCGACCGGAAAUUUUCCAGCACAAAUGGAAGAGCUUCCAAGGUAUUUCACAUUUUCUAUUGCAACUGGUUAGAACAGAAAGUCCUGUUCCAUUUGCACAGUAGGGGAUCUUUUCCUGCCAUUUUCAAUGUUUGCCGGUGAGUGUUACUUAUGGGCAGUCAUAGUUUUGUUUUUAUUUCGUUUCUUAUCAUUCAAAAUGACAUCUGCACAUCUGAGGCAUGAAUGCUGGGAGGAUUUUUACAUAUGACUAGUUGAUAGUUUUGUUAAUUUAUUAUUGUUUUUAAAAUUUUAAUUUUAAUGCACUUUUGAUCAUUUAUAUUGAAAAGGUGCACUAUAAAUAAUAAAUGUUGUUGUUGUUGUAACCUUUUCGUUUCUUGCUGGCUAAAACAAAAAGGAAGAAUUUCGUAAUGGCAGAUCAACCAAAAAAAUGAAUUUUCCAAAAAAUUGCUUGUGAGUUUAACACAGUCUCCAACAAGGUGGUGGUCACAAAUGGGCUUCUGUGGCUGGAAAGAACCCCUGGUUUUUGCUAGCAAUGCUCAGAUAAGUUCAAGCAGACAUCAAGCGUAAAUUUACAUGUAGCAUUGGAUGAGGCUGGGCAUGAUAUGAAUUAAGAAUAUUUUGUCGAUGAAGGAGGCUGAAGGCCAAGGUAGCUUUCCUUAGGAACCUGUGACUUUCAUGGCUUAGUAAUUCUUCAUUCUAUGAAAACUAAUUCCAGUGUUCUACUUUUCAUGCAGUCUGAAGCAGAAGUUGGGAUCAUUGAGAAGAUAACCCUGAUGAAUUUUAUGUGCCACACCAUGCUGGAAGUUAAUCUGGGUGCAAAUGUUAACUUUAUUAUUGGGAGAAAUGGAAGUGAGUCAUGUAGAUAACUGGGCCUUUUAUUUAGAGAGUAUAGUGUUGUAGUGUGUAUGGUAUUGUGCAUGUAAGUGUCUAAUUUCAUAGAUGGAUUUUCUCAGGCAAUCUUUUAAGGGAGCUACAAAAGCAUUGCUCCAUAGACAGUACCUAGAUAAAGAAAUAUAUUUACAAAACUGUAUAGACUGACCUUCUGUAACAGACACCUUGAUACAUCUCCUCGGCACCCCUUCGAACUGUAUAAUCACAGUCUUGAAAAUACAUACAUUUGCUUUCUAAAGUGGCCUCCACAACAUAAAUAUGGCAAAUCAAAUCUAGUGCAUUUUGGUAUGAAUUCAACUGCAUGAAAUAUUUUUGACUGCAAAAGUGGUGAAUCUGCGAUUUCCUUUGCAACAUCUGAUAAACAACCAGCAGGACGUUACGUUUUCGCUGUCAAAGGAUUUGGCAUUUAAGGGUUUGUCUUGACUAGUCCGGGAACUAUAACACAUUACCUUUUAGACAAGGUCAGGUACACAGUUUCUGCUGACCCGUCUACACUUUGUAGAGACAAAUCUCACACUUAUCCACCCCUCCCCUUAAUUGCUUGUUCUUAAUCUCCGACUCCCAGAUUCUGGGAGACACGUGACCAGACCCAACCAGGGUCUCUUGAUGGGUAGGAUUCAUGAGGUUGAGACCAUUGCUAUAUGUAAGUUUCUGUUUAUGGGAGGUGUCUCCCUGCUGAGGUUGGGCCAUAGAUUUUUUUUAAAUUUUAUUCAACCACUGCCUACUGAAGUUGGACAUAAUGUAAAGGGUUUUAAUAAUCCUAUAAAGCUACCGUCCCUCCCACAGUGUUCACAGAUAUUUUUUUUCAUGUUAUACCUAUAUUAGCUGGGUCAUGUUGCAGAAUUUUAAACACUGCUGAUUGCCAAAAGUUUCUUGGUGGUGAGGGUUAGGAAACUGAGUGAGAGCAAAUUGAACUGGAAGUUGAUUCAUUCUAUAAUAACCCUAAUCACUAACUUGUCUUAACUCCAGAGUCAUGUGGUGUCUGGUGGCCAUUUGGUUUUUUGCAAAAUAACCUUGCCAAUAGUGUUAGUGAUCGACACAUGGAAAUCUCCUAAUUGAGUUCUUGAUGGUACAACUGUAAAUCUAUCAGGGAUAAGAAUACAUUUUCCUAGUUUUUAGUUUGUUAGGCCAGUUUUACUUGGUUAUCAGUUAUGGCCUUGUCCAUCUCAAGCUCAAUGAUUGUAUUCACUCUAGGUGGAAAAAGUGCAAUAAUGACUGCAUUGGUGGUGGGCUUAGGAGGAAAGGCUGCCACAACAAACAGAGGAAGUUCUCUCAAGGGAUUUGUCAAGGACAAGUGCAGGUUUAUAGACAUUAGCAAUAUAUGUAGAUCCAAAACUAUCAUCCCUGUUAUUAUUAUUAUUUUUAUUGUGAUCCUCUCCUGUUCUCUGGUAUUUUCUGGGUAUUCUCAGCCAGCACCGCAGGAAAACACACUCCGUAUGAGCGAAAAAUUCAACAUCCGGUCAUUUGCAUAUUUUGUGCACUGGCUGAUCUCAUACCAAUUUAUUUGCUAAGGGAGUGAGUCAUAAAACAUGACCAAAGGCCCCUUAGAGGUCAUCUCCGUAGUCUAAAACUUUCCUUAAAAUCCUUGCUGUAGUGUUUUUGGAGUAAUGAAAUACAACAAAUUCUUACAUGUAUGUCCAACUUUUCCAUCCACUUAUCCUAGUUCUUUGUCACACUUCCCAAUGAUCUAUUAUCACUAUUAUUAUUAUUAUUAUUAUUAUUAUUAUUAUUAUUAUUAUUAGCAUUAUUAUUAUUACUAUGUUCAAAUAUCACAGUUUGUGUGCAUGUUUGCUGUAUUGGAUAUGGAAAUCCACUAAAGGGAGUACUGCGAGUUCACUAAGCUUAGCAGAUUAAAAGUUUUUGCAAGAUAUAUGUGGAGGCGAGAACAGCUGUCUUUUGCAAGGUGUAGCUGCAGCACUCUGCUUCAACAGACAUGUCUUUCAGAGCCUUAUCAAGGUUGCUCUUUACACAUCCCAAUGAUACAAUGUAUUGUUGCUUUCCUUCUGAAAAGUACUUGGCAGUAGCAGUGUCUCUAGACUAAGAAAACUUUUCAGUCUCUGAUUGAAUUGGCCAUGGUGACAUCUUAGAGUUGUACAAUAACUAGACAGCCUAAGAUAAUUUUUACAUUUCAGUGCAGGGUUGUCAUUAAGAGCCCGGGGCCGGGGAUUUCCCUGGCUACUAAGGGAGUGGCUCCCGGCUACUUUUAUUGGAAAAUAGACGAAAAAUAGAACCAAAAGAAAUCCCUAGCCGUUUGAUCCCCUGCCUAUUUGUUGUAUUUACCCGGCAACUUGAAAUCUUAGUGACAACCCUGCACUGUUAAUAAUUUUUAUUAGUACAGUAUUAAUAGGUAUCAGUGCUACUUAUUAGCUGCCUGUGAGUCAAAGGGAAUUUACAAUAGAGAGUUAUUUAAUUUGGUUGUUUUUUGCUUGCUAGUUAUGCCCAGGUUUCAAUCAAAUUACGAAACCGAGGCCAAGAUGCUUACAAGCCUAAAGAGUAUGGAGAUUGUAUAACUGUGGAAAGAAGGAUAAGUAGUGACGGCAGUGGAUCUUACAAGCUAAAGGCAAAAGAUGGUAACUUGGAUAUUGUUCAUUUUCUUUUCUUUCUUUCUUUUGGUUAAUCAAAGGUGUGGUUACUGUAAAUGACCUUAACAACAUCCACUCUGUAAUAAAAUUAUUAAUGCCUCUUGAAUAUCAAUUUUGUUGAAAAUGUCAUUUCCAAUGAAUGAGACUUCCCUAUGCCUUCCAUAACGAUGGCUUCUAAAAAAAAUAAUUUACAAUGAAUGAGGCUGAGAUAAUUUUUCAGAUAAUAUGGAAGCUGAAUUAAAUAAUUGUUUUAUUGGUUCAUUCAAAUUAAUUCCAAGUUUAAAAACAAGCUAAAACAUGCUUACCUCAAUGGAUUUUAAGUUCAUUUUUGAAAGUGCAUGUUAAUCGGCAAGUUUAGUUUAGCUCCGCAUUAUUCUCCAAAUAGCAGGUGUCAUCUGUUUAGUCGUCUUCUUGCCGUUAUUGCAAUGUUUUUGGCAAAUAGUUCACCUAUUUCUUAUUCUUGAAAUAAGUCAAAUGUUCUGCCAUUUUGUACUCACUACCAAAACAACCCAACCUCUUCCCCAGGUCUUCUCAGUUAAUGGUUCAAUAGUCUGGCAAUUUGCUGCACUUUGGACGUUUUUUUUCCACAUAUCGCAAAAUUCUUCCACAUUUGGUUGACCAUAGUUGGUUAUGAUGAAUUAUGCGUUGCAUUUUAGCCAAUCAGAAAUGGCGAAAUCAUUUGAAUGAAUAAUGAUACUGUUACUUAAUUUUAACGGAGUUAUGACCAUUGGUGACAAAGUACCUUAAUAUUGAUGAUGAUUUGGAAAUUGAUUUGGAACACUUUUGUUUUUCCUUCCUUAAAUUUUCUUAAUUUUCAUAUACAGUGUACCUUGUACUUACAUGUAAGUAGGUUUACUUUUGUGUUUUAAAGUAAGUGUAAGUAAAUCUUUAAGUGAGUUUUCUAUCAUUCAAGAAAAAUGUUUUCAGUGCACAGUGUAAACAUUAAGAAAAUGUGUCAUACAGUUCCAUGAUGCUGUACAACAACAUAAAGAUCAGGUUAAAAUGGUUUUAUCGCAGUUUGAUUCUCAAUGUACUUUGUCUCCUUGUCAAAUGUUACAUUAUUGAUAAUCAUAAAUAAUUAAUUUUAGCUAAUCUAUUGAAUUAUCUUGCUGCAGGGAAAGUGGUGUCUCAAAAAAAAGAUGAGCUUAAUCACAUUUUAGACCAGUUUAACAUUCAGGUGAGCUGAGCUGGAGUAACAAGAUCACAAUUAUUAAUGCAACUGUUGUCAGACAAGAGUCCUGUACAGUCGACUCCUGAUAACUCGAAUCUCGCACUAACUCGAACCAAAAUCGAUUUCCCCUGGAUUUCCAUCAUACAUUCACUGUAAUUUUACCCUCGGUAACUCGAACCCUCGGUAACUAGAACUCCCGCUAACUUGAACAAAUUUUCGUUUCCCUUCAGCUCAUUUUCUAUAUGAUUUUACCCUCGAUAACUCGAACCAUGUUUUGAACCCUUAAAAAGUCGGGAAAACGCUGUCUACGGGCGUCCCAAACAUUGAAUUUUGGAUUUCCUAUUGACGUGUUGUAGGAGUAUGGUUUACUAGUGGAGGCUGAUUUUGAUUGUCACAGGCUAACGUGAAGCACCUUUUCUUCUCAAAACAGUAAAUGCAUGUUCUAUUUAGGCUAUGUAUUGUUACGUUACAUUCUGUUUUAUAAUCUAGAAGUAUCUUUUAAUUUUCACUUGACAUUUCUACAAUUAAAUGUGAUUAAAAUGUUCACUGUGCAGUAAAAACUGUUUUUUACCAUACUCUCGGCUGUUUUCUUCGAACUCUUGAUAACUCGAACUCCCGAUAACUCGAACCUUUUUUCGAUUUCCUGUGAAGGUUCGAGUUAUCGGGAGUCAACUGUAUAUCUUAUGCUGUAAAUGCUACAGUGAAACCUGUAUUAAGCGUACACCUUCUAUUAAGCAGACAUUAGCCAAAGUCCCUAAAUUUACAUCCCUUACUGUAAAUGUAACGCUUAUUAAGUGGACACUGCUUAUAAAGUAGAUGCUAAUACAUGUACAUGUACAUUGUAUCUAAAAAAGAUGAAAUGUUCAUAUCUAUUGGCACAAACUUGUAAGAAAUAGACACUUGUAUUUUUUAUCACAUUCUACCAUUUAGCAUGCCAGACAAGAGUAAUGCUCAAGAUUUCCCCCAACAAAUUUGUCAAUUUUACUAUCCAAAACAAGAGUUGUUAACGUGGCAUGGUUAUGAAAGCAGUUAGACUCCUUUGUUACGUUAGGAGUAGCUGGUAUAAGUGUAAUAAUUAUAAUCUAAACUUCCCAAGUCAGCAGCCCAAUAAAACCUCACUUGUUUUUUUAGGUUGACAAUCCUGUGUCGGUGUUAAAUCAAGAUACUAGCAGGAAUUUCCUUAAUUCAUCAGAUCCAAAGGAUAAGUAUAAGGUAUGUAGUGUACUAUUCAGUGCUGUGGUGGAAAUGUGUCAGCAGAAAGUGGUGUCCCAUACCCCACCACCUUUUCUUAGAUGUAUUACUGUGCACAGGGUUUCUACAGUCGUGAAAAGUCUUUGAAUUUUAGGGGAAGUCAUUGAAUUUUUUCCACUUUUCAUGCUUUUUGGUUGUUCAAGACAAAUUGUAAAUCAUAGCUCAAGGAAGUUAAAGGUGAUUUACCCAAGCGUUUUUUGUUUUGUGUAAGAAUUAACCAUCAAUGUAAGAAGAGCGAACUGAACAAUGUAGAGAAGUUGGUGGAGCAAACAGACCAAGCCUUAAAGUCCUGUUAGAAUGGACAGGGAAUGUGCAUUUUUUUACGAUCUGUGACAUGUACUUGUUACCUAAUUUCAAUAUUAAUUUUUGUGUUCUUUUCUUCUAGUUUUUCUUAAAAGCCACCCAGCUAGAGCAGAUGAGUACAGAUUAUCAGCUGAUCAUUGAGCAACAGGAUAUUAUCAAAAGUACUUUGGACAGAAAACAAGAGGUAUGUGCUGUAUAGGAUAUCUGCCUAUCAUUUUGUCAUAAGUGAAGAAAACAUGCAUGUAAAAAUCUACAGUAUAUUCAUUGGCCGUUCAAAGGUUUGCCCCGUGAAACUCAUGCCGCAGAGGUCUUUCUUAUAGAAAUGUGACUAAUUAAUAUGUAGAUGCAACACCAGUUUUCUUCUUUUAGGAAGUCUCCCUUGCCUUCCUUGAAUAACUAUUGACAGGGAGCAUUCGAUACAAAACAAUUUUUUUCUAACUAAGCUACAUGUACCUGCACACAAUAAGAGCUCAUUUCCAGAUGGGGCAUGAUAAAAAUGGCUCAGCAUCUUGCAAAAGUAAGAUGCGAAGCCUCAUAUUACAUGUAUGUCUGAUAAUUUCAAUUCUAAUGUCCUGUUUUCACCUGUGCCUCUGCAACAUUCUUGGUUAAUAAUAAUGUAAUCAAGUGAUCAUCAGCCACAAGAAGUUUCUGAUAAAGAUAUUCUGUAAAAAUUAAUAGUUAUGAUGAUUGCCAGAUCAUUGUCAUAUCGUGAAGGGCUACUAUACUUCAGACAGAUAUUUAGUUUAGGCUUAAAAUGUAUGCAGGUAACUUCUAACAUAACAGUGUUGAUGUUAUGCUGCUGUUUAUUUUGUUUCAACAGACACUUCCUCCUAUGCUGCGUCAGGUUCAACAGUUGGAGGAGAAGUACAAAGACAUAGCACAGUUGAAAACUAUGAAAGAGCAAGUAGAAGAACUGAAAAAAGAACGAGUAUGGGCAGAAGUCAUAGAUGCUGAGAAGGUAAAUCAGAGAAAAAAAAUCAGUUAUUCUUUGUGAAUAGAAACAGUUUUGUCAUGUCAAUUUGCUUGAUGGGCAACAAAAGUGUGUUUUCUUUUUAAGAAGAAACUAACUCCAUUUUUGGCUUUCUUAAAGAGCUUCAGGGUGUAAAAAACAAAAUAACCUUCUGUAAGCUGAGUUUCCUAUUUUUGUUUCAUCUUGACAGCAUAAUCUGAAAAGUGCAGGGUGUCCCAAAAGUUCAUUCCUCCAAUUUCAUGCACCAUAACUUUUGAUCAAAACUUUAUUUUUACAUCAAAUUUCUAGAAGAUGUUUUUAUUUCUCUAUUGAGUACAUGUAUUCAGAAUUCCAGUAACCCUGGCAUGCCCUUUUUUUAUCACAUUCUGUAGCCGUUGUGGCAUAGAGCGGGAUAUGGCGUGUAGGCCCACAGAUGAUCUGUUUUGAGCUUUUUUAUCACUUUGUGCACAGGAGCCAGUUCAAGCCCCAAACAAUAUUUGUCUACUUUAGGCAGCUGAAAAAAAAAAAUGUUUUGGGCAUUCAUCCAAAAAAGAUAAUCAUCCUGGCCCCCUUCCACAGCAAGGCUUUUGUAGAUCUUUACAAAUUUGAGACGAUUUGACAGUCUAAGCAGAUUUUUUUUUUGCCAUCUCGGGAGCCUCUAAUUUUAAACAUUUGUUUUUUAUGACCCCUUUCGGGACUUGGCUUGCUAACUGUGUGAGAGCUUCAUCGUCGAGUCUCCUAUUUUCUAUCUAGCCUUCUUUAAAACUACUUUAGCUGCUUUAUUUAGGACUUUUGGUCUUCCCCUUCAUUUCUUGCCUUCAAAACCUUCAUUUCUCCAUGAUCAUUUUACCACCCAACAUUCGGAUUUUCCCAGUUUUUUUUGCAGUUAUUACAACAGAUAAGCCAGCAAAUCGAAGUAUACACGUUUAUCGUCUCACUGUAGCUGGAUGUUUUUAUGUUAAGGGGGUUUAUCUUUUGUGAUAUUCACCAAAAACAAGGAAGGAGUUCGAGCAAUUCAGGCUAUAAAAUGCAAAAAAAAAGUGGCUGGAAAAUAUACUCGUGCAUGUGCACGUUUGGCGCGGAAGUACACAAAUUGAAUAUUCGAGACAAAAGAUAGCACAACAAGUAUGAAAAUAGUGAAUUAGAUUGAAAGGCACAACUUUUGUUUAAAUGAUUUGCUUAUGAAGUCCAAUCGCACUGAAAUACCGACUUACUGUAUGAAGUAGAGGAACAAACUUUUGCGACAGCCUGUUUACUACAAGUUUUCAGUAAACCAUAAAGUUCCCAGUGAUGAGAUCAUCCUUGCGCACACAGGACUGGCAUUGCAUUGCAUUGUUAGUGUGCCGACAAUUAAGGGACCCACCAAACUGCAGUGUUUGUUUGGUGGGCUGAGGGAACAAUUACAACAUGCAUUUUCCUUACAUUAAAUGUGGGUAUUGUUGAUCAUCUCAUGCCACACUUUAUUUUCUUUCUUAUUGACUACUUUCUUGGUACACUUUAGAAACUAGGUCCUCUGGCAAGAGAAGAGGAAAAUCAUAAAACUAAACUGCCCAGAUAUGAUGAGAAAGUCCAAACUUGUGAGGUGAGGGAUGAGGCAUUUUUGCAUUUGUUUUUGCAAUAUGUUGUUUGCAUCACUCUUUCACCAGCAAACCUAAUUUCUUCAUGUGUCUCAGGGUGCAAAGAAAGUCAGUUUUACAGCCAGUCAUUCGCAGAGCUAUAACUAGCAUGUACUAACCCACAAGUCAUUUCAACUAGCCCUAAAACCCUUUUUGAUUAGCAGGAUUGUUUACAGCACUUGCCCGUCAGGCAAGUUAAGAACAAAAAUCACUAGCCCAAUUGCAAAAUCCACUAGCCCGGGCUAUUGGACACGAAAUUCUUUGCACUCUGAUGUGUCUAAUGAUGAGGGUCAGCAUUGCACACAAAGGACUGGUACUGAACUUCAAUGUCAGUGUGCCGACAACUAGGGGACCCACUGUAGCUGCAUUAUUGGUUCAGUGGUCUGAGGGAACAAAUUACACUUACGCAUGUUUUUAAUUAUUUACAUUGUAUAUACACUGUACUCUGUUGCUUGAAAAUUUCCUCAAGAGUAAUAUAAGUAAAGAAAAAGAGAAAAUUUUUUGUCACCUUCAUUUGCUAUGUGGUGCCCAAGGACUUUUGUUAGUCACCAGAUGAUGCCUUUAUCAAAUAGUUAAUUUCAGGCUCCUAUGUCUGCAAAAAUUUCCAAGUUGGGGGAGGGGCACUUUUUGGCCUCAAAACGUCUAGAAAUGGUUGAGUAGACAUUUUUGUUGUCAAAGAUCAACUUUUAUAUGCAGUUAAAUACAUGUAUAGUAAUGAUUUCAUGUUGCAUUUUCAGGAGGAGGUAAAAAAGUUAGAGGAAGAAUGGACAUCAGUAAAUGAGCAGCUGAAUGCCAUCACUGAAGAAGGUAGAAUACUUCAAGGAGAACAACAAGCCAUAUGCCAAGAACUGAGACAAAAGAAAACCACCCAUAGAGACAAACAGGUAAGUUUUAUUUUUAUGGGAUCAUCUGUUUGCUAGUGCAUAAGGAGUGAAAGGCAACAUGGGGAAAUGUUUUGUUCUAUAUUGGAGUACCAUGAAUAAUUUUUGGGGAGGGUUUUGACAGAAAGUAUGUUCUGCACUUGCCUCUCAUUGUUUCAACAUCAAACACUUGGUGGCUCAGAGGUAAACACUCAGGGAGACAUUGAGGUUCGAGGGAAACAAAAGGAAACUUAAGCACCAGAAAAAACGUGAAACUAUCACGAACUCCAACAAAAAAAAUGUCUUUCAAAGAUUAAUUUUGCGUGAAAGUUUUGUUUCUUUCUUAUGAAGAAAAUAUGAUUUCAGACGAAGAAUUUCUACUUUUGUAUGACGAAUACUCCUCGAAGAACCCAGAAUAUGAACCCCUGGUUUCAACCUGAGAACUCGCAUUUUGAAGUCUGUGACCAUGACUCAAGAACGUCUUGACAUGCACAGUGGCUGUCAUGCUGCAAAAAUACUUCCGGUUGGCAUUGUGGUACCAAGAACGUCUGGUGCUUAAGUUCCCUAAAGUUUGAGUUUCAAAAACUUCAAAUGUGUCUCCUUAUUUGGUUGCCUUCAAAAGUGCAAUAGGUGUGUGAUUAAGAAUAGGCAUGCAAAGCCAUGCCCUGGUUGUUAAUGCAGUUAUAAGCUUAUUUGCAGUUGUUGUGCUUUAAAUCUAUUUGAGUUUGCAGGUCACUCUGAACAUGUUGCUUGUGGCGAGGAAUAAGAUGAAAUUUUGAGAACAGAAAUUGAAAGUGAUAAACAUGUUAUAUAAUUAUGUAGCAACACAGGGAUAAUUUUCAAUCAGAGGGUAGCUUAUAGCAUUGUUUUCUUAAAGGCCAGGCAAAUUCUUAAAUAGUUGUGGUGCUAUUUGGGCUGAUGAGUGUUCUGCCUACAUUUAGCUGUCAAUCCACAGAUCAUAAUUAUGCUAAUUUAGUAUGGGAGAAAUAUUAUUUGUCUUAACCUUUGUGCUGUUCAUUUUUAUUUCAGUCAAGACUAAGAAAAUUAAUGCAAGAAAAGAAGACAGCAGAGAAUGACCAAAGUCAAUUGAAGGAGAGAAUCAUGGAGAUAAAACAAACGUAAGUGGUCCCAAUCACAGGUAGCCCAAGCUUGAACAAGCAUCGGCAUUGUUGCAUAGCAUUCACAAUAUAAGGAUUUGUAUGGGGAAAAAAAACCUAUCGUUUCUGUAACCUACGAAAUUGAAAGGAUUUCAAUAAAAAAACAGCUUACCGUACUUCAAAAUGUGUUACGUCUCUCCUGUGUGGUCCACAGGCCGAUUUAUGGCCGUUUUAUGGGAUUUUGUGUAAAUGGUUUUCUCUCUAUAAAUUGUAAAGGUUUACCAAGGUUGAGAAAACCGUUUACAUAAAAACCCAUAAAACGUCCCAUGGACGACAGAGGAGAGACGUAACACGGAUUUUAAGGGAGGUAAGCUGUUUUUUAUUGAAAUCCUUUCAUUUUCGUAGGUUACAGAAAUGAUAUGUUUUUUCCCAUCCAAAUCCUUAUAUUUUGAAUGUUACACAACAAUACCGAUGCUCACCGAUGCCCAUAUUUUUUCGAGCUAGGCCUACGUUGCAUUAUGGUUGCAAUUGUUCACGGGACUUGUAGUAAUUCCUGGAAAACUAUUUUGAUUGUUGUCAAUUAGUGAUAGCAUUUCUUCUUGUUUAAUACAGAGCUAUGCGUGACAUUGAGUCAGAAAGGCGGCAAAGAGAAGAAGUUCUUCAACAAAAGCGUGAUGAUCUGAAAGCACGUCAGAGUCAACUCUCAACCACAAACCACCACCGUGCCCAACUUGAACAGGCCAUAACAAGAGCAAAAGAAAAGACAUACCAGCUAAGGUACAGCUCACUCAUGAUAUGUUUGCUGUGGGAAGUUUUGAAGUUUUCCUACCAAAAGUGAGUUAUUUGCUUUAUAUACCUGCCAACUGUCACGCCUGCAGAUCGAAAACUUGGAUCUCACGCCUACUCAUGCCUGUGUUCCGAUUUGUCACGCCUGGUAGAAAAGUUUGAGCCAUUACAGCAUUAACUAACAUAUUUUGAAAAAUAUAUUAAUUAUUUAAACAAACCAGAACCAAAGAGAGAAAAGAAAAGUCUAUGUGGAUGAUCGAGUUUCUGAGGAUUCUCUUUUGUUAGACGGAACUCUUCGUAACAUCUUCGGAAGUCUUCGGACAUCUUCAGAUAUUGUCAGACCCCUACGAAAAAUCUUGGCACUCUUAAGAUAAAAAAGUUCACGCCUAUAAAUGUAAAAAGGUUGGCAGGUAUAUAUUCAUGGUAUAGUAGAUUCACAACAUGUUGGGCCUUUUCCAAUAACUGGCUUUUGCUCAAUGCCGCCUUUGUUGGCCUCCCUACUGCUACAUUAACAGUUUGUGAAGGACGAGGUGAUAAUAAAUUUAUGCAGGGCUUUCAGAAGACCUGACACUUGUCAACAGGUUAACAAAUAUUCUACCUUGAUUUGCUGACCUCUUACAUAGGAAUUUCUUGAUGCUAACUUCAAUCUAAUAUUGUCCCUCAAAAUCAGCUGGCUUUGACACCAGCCCUUAAUGUAAGAAGCUUUGUCACCAUCUUUUGAGUUUUUAUUGAACCAUACAAAAUUAAAUUGAAAGAACCUGAAAAUAUUAGUUUAGCAAAAUAGAAAAUAGAAACAGUAGUGAGGAUCCCAUGUGUGUCUCCUUGAUGAAGGUGUAAUACAUGUAAACGGUCAUUUGGCAAUCUACUAUGAAGCAAUUCUGUAACUCAGCUGGAAGAGCAAGAGGUUACAUUCAUUCUGAACUUGUAUACAGUCCUCCAAAUUUAGAAGAACUUGCCUUCAUUUGACUAAUUUAACAAGUUGAAGUAAUUGUGGUACAAUUUGAAAGAUGGCAAAUUCACUUCAUGUGGUAUUUUUAGAAUGUUGUUGUUGUCAAUGCUUAAGCUUAUCCUUGUGUUGUUGGGAAGUCAUGAUCUGUGACCAAAACAUAAUCAUUACUUUGGCAAAAAUUGUCUUACUUGGAUCCUUCCCUUGUUAUUUCUACUCUGUACUUGUAGGACAGACUUGACUGAUGCUACAAACAGAGUGGGUGCACUCCAGCGACAGCUAAGAGAUCUGCAAGGAAGCCGUCAAAACAGGCUUACCUUGUUUGGCUCCUGGCAGCCUGAUCUUCAUCAAAGAAUUGAGCAAGCAGCAAGGAGAGGGCGCUUUCAUCAUGCUCCUGUGGGACCCAUUGGUAUGGAAUCACUUUCAUGUUCUGCUUACAACUUUGUAGAGGGGAAUAACCUACUUCUUGUAAAUACUAAUCUUUGCCAGAAGUCACUAACGCAAAAACGCUGCCUGCAUUUUGGAUCAAUAUGAGCAUUACUCUACUUUGCUUGCUAGAAUAUUCAUUUAAGGCAUGACCUGCCCAGAUUUCCACUAGCUACCUGCUGGUUAGUCCAAAUUGUGUAUAUCUAAUAGACAAAUGUAUCUUUUUGUUGACCGUGAUUAUUGGACUUUAUUUAUUACAGUAUUGAGUAGGCCAUUUUCACUAAAAGGUCAUGUGACAUCGUUUUUACGAAAAUGAAAGUUAUAUGAUUUUGCCUUCGAAAAACGAUUAGUGGGUCAUACCCUAAACAAAGUAAAAGUGAUUUGGUUUUUCAAACCUGCACCAUUUUCUUAAAACAAAUAAGUUCAUAGGUGGUCACGUGACCAAAAUGUGAUUUUGAAAAUUACGAAUCACCUCUUUCUCAACACUAAUUUGUCACUAAACUUCAAGGAGAAUGUUGAAAAAAAAUGAUGUGGUAACGUUUGUAGCACAUCUGAGUGUAACUAUCAAAAGUUUAACAAGACGUAAGCAAAAAGUAGUUUUGGCCGCCAUGUUGGAGGGCAAUGGUAUGCCCUCCAACAUGGCGGCCAAUGCAAAUCAUACUACUUUGUUGAAAAAUCAAAGUGCCACAAAAUAUCUCCCUUAAAUGCUUUUCCUCUCAAUUUUCGGGUAUAUUUUUUUAUGUGCUCUGUCAAUUUUUGGCAUCAGCAGGAUUCCAACUCAUUGUUUGGUCACAUGACCUCUAAGUGCAAGUGGCCUAUAUCAUAUAGGGCGUUUUUUCUUUGCAAUUUUAUUUGAAUUUGUGACCUUUCAAAUCUUGGGUAUGCUUAUUCACGGAAGUAGCACAUUCUUUCUGUUGGAAAUUGCAGUUACAAUCAUGUUCCCUGGGCUUUUGUACCUUAUGUUAUGCUAUUGUUUUCCCACUGAAAGGCUCUGCCUUGAUGCUCCAUUUGUCCCUCUGAAGUGCUUGUCCCCCCCUUCCAAAAAAAAAAAAAAAAAAAAAAAAAAAAAAGUCACUAAAAUGCUUGGAUAAUGCUCAUCAUCCAAAUUGUUAUUUUUUACCAGUUUUAAACUUUUCAACCAUGUUUUAACGCUAACAAAAACUUACAUGUUUAACUGUUAUAACAAAAAUGUAUACAAGUUAAUAGGCCAUACAGCAAAAAGUUCUUGUCUAGGUGGUUGUAUUGGGGUGACUUUUAUUUCCUGUUUUUCGUUUUUUUUUUAAUUUCCAGUUUCAAGAUACUCAAAUAAUGCUUGAUGCUUUUAUUAUUAUUAUUUAUUAUUAUUAUUUUUUUACCUCAUCAAACUGCAAAAAAAUAAAAUUUCUAGCAUAAUGUACAAAGGGCUAAUGUUCUCAUGACAUUAUAGCUUUGUAACGCAUGUUUGAUGUUUGGUACUUGUUAUAAUUUUUUUUGUAUCAUCAUCACUGUCUUCAUUAACAUUAGGCAUGUCUAUUGGUUUUAUGUCUUUGUUUUGUUUGGUAUUUUAGGGGUUCAUAUAUCUCUCAAAGAUCAAAGAUGGGCUAUACCUGUGGAGUCAUGUCUCAAGAAGCUUGGCUGGGCUUACUGCUGUCAUGACAAUCAUGACCAGCAAGUACUGAAGCAGCUGUUCUUCCAAGUGUGCCCGAAAGAUAAUGUACCUCCCAUUGUUGUCAGCAGAUUUCUGGUUUGUCUACUGAGAUUACAUCACAUCCUAAAACCUAGUACUUAUUGUUAAACCUGCAGUGCAAACCCUUUGUCUCAGAGAGUGAGCAACAUUCAAAGUUCAAACAUGAAAAAUUCAUCUUGAGAAAUCUCACCUGUACAGAUGUAUUUGGACUUAAUGACCAGACUGUCAUUUUGUAGCUUAAGUUUUGCAUAACAACAAUUGGCAAAAGCCAAAGUUUAAGUCAACUUUAUGUGUGUGCCGCAACUUUUCUGGUUUUUCUGACUAAAGGGGUGUUUACAUGAGAAAACUCGCACCUGCACGAGUUUCAUACCGAAAUGACUUUUGGAUUUCGUAUCGUGUUUACAUAGUGACUGGGUCUUGUCAUAUCUCGUUAUUUGAGGGUACACUUCAUGUUGAUAAAAAUUAAUACACAUUUGAUUCAAAAUCACAAACAUUACUCAUGCACUACCAGUUCCAGUCUACCGGCAGACCGAUUUCUCCCUGAAACCAGUGGUAGUUUUCCGUGAUACCGAUUUUGUAAUUUGAGCCCUGGAAUAAUGAACUUUUUAUUUUUUCUGCAGAAUGACGUUCAUGAUGUCUCUGCCAAUGUAAGCACCACUUUCUUUAUCAUAACAACUUUGUGUUAAUCUUUUGUAGAAAAUCAACUCAUUUGCGGGUAAGAAUUAAAGAGUGUAUUUUCCCCUAUAUUUUGUUUGCAGAAGCCGAGGUGUGAGUUUCCAACUGUGCUUGACAUGCUGUUAAUUGACAGUCCUGUUGUAUCUAACUGCCUUAUUGAUCAGGUAUGCUAGUGUUUUUGUUAAGGUUCUCAUUAAUUUUCAAAACUUUUUUUUCCAAGGUUGAUACUGUUCUUUAAAAACUCAGAAACAUUGUAAUUUGCCACUUUCCAUGACCCUGCAAUACUCCUUGAAAAUUUCCCUUCUACUCCUGAAAAGCUCUGUGUUGGUUGAGGAGGGUUUUCAGGAAAAAUUAAAAUAGCCAGCAGGUUUUAAUAGAGUCACCAACUGUCAGUAUCAACAAGGAUUCAUUAGUUCCCUUUUUCAAGGUGGGUCUCGGGGUAUGCUCCCCCAGAAAAGUUUGAAGUUUCAAAGAAGUAAAAGCGAUUUCCAAAGUUCUGAGGGACGAAGGGGAGUACAAAAGAGCCUGUUUUUUGUUAAGGAAAAUGAAGGUUUCGUUUAAGUUUUGAUUUAGGGACAGGCCAUUAGAAAAGUUAUGGGGGGGUGGGCGAAGUACAAAAAAAAUUCAUGCAAGGAAAAAUUAAGUGAAAAGAAUUCAUGCGUGCAGAGUAGACCAGGAAAAAAAAUCCUGCAUUGGCCCUCCACACAUUUUGCACCAAUCUCAGGAAGGCAGGCAGGAAAGAAUACUGUGUGAAAAACAUCAGCUCUUUGAAUAAACUUCCCGUUGAAUUUUGGUAUUAGAGAGUUUUAGAUCCGAGUUUACCGCGAACCUCUAACCGCUGGAGGUCUCGUGACAAGUCUUUCGCGUCACGUUUGAGGUUUACAACGUGCGUUUUCAACGUGGGGAGCUGAGUUUUCACGUAUGUCAUUUACCUGAAAGCUUUUAGCGUAUAAUUAUUGUUUCAUCCCACGUAAUGAUACAAAAAUCUUGUGGAGCAAGUCUUUAUACAUUAACAGAGGCACAAAUUCGGGCGAAAUGCUAAAUUUGAUAAAUCCUAUUGGAUCUUGAAAACAAGUGCCAUUCAUGGCUGCUGAUUCAAAAUGGCGGCCGUAAAAUUGCAAGAAGAACUAAUGUAAGAAUUUACAGCUCUUUGCUGCUAGAUAACCCAGUGUUGCCGUAAAUUUCUUUUAUUUUCACUGAUUAAUUUUUCUUCUAUUUCUAAAUGGCAUAAUAAACCAGAAUCCACUUGUUUAAUCCACCGCCAAUCUAAAUCGAAUUAUGUUUGAACGUCGAACCGCAAACGGGUAACCGCAAACCGCGGUUAGAGGUUCGCGGUAAACUCGGAUCCAAAACUCUCUAUUGUAAAUAAUCAUACCUGAUGCAAAAAAAUAUAUCUGAGGCUUGUAAGCUUAUACAACAUAGAGGAGCUGUAACCAUCAAUGGCACCUGCAAUUACUAUGAUGGACUAUGGGAGAGGCACAAUAAAGGCCAGGGACUUAAAAAAAAUGUGCAGCAAAUGUCCUAUCUACUCCUACUGGCUUUCUCCUAUCUCACUGUGUUUAUAUUGCAUCAGAUCUUUUAUAGUGGUUGGACAUAAAUUAUUUUAGGUAUCCUUUAAGAACGCCACAACAGACUUUAUAAUUAUUAUUGUCAAUACACUCUUUUUAUUAUAUCAUAAGAAUGCCUUCUUUUGUGGCCUGUGAUGAACUAACACUGGCAACUUUCAUGUUUGAGCCUGAAACAUUCCUGCCGCGACUGGUUGUUCGUAAUGCUGUUUACAUGUAAAAUUUCAGCAAAGCAACAUGAAAUUGCGCAGUACCAAUGUACGUACAAUACAGGAUACCUUGUGUAUAAAAGGCCAUUGUGAACUGUACCUUAGAUAUGUAUCAAUUUACUUUCGCAUUCGUUCCCAGGUAGCCUAUGUUUAAAUUAUGCCCUUGGCUAAGUGAACAACUGAACGAUUUAAUAUUGUUUUAGUUUAGUGUUACUUCAAGGAAAAAUCUUCGCGCACUGCAUCUUGACCAAAAAAAAUAUUCAUUCAAGGGAAACAUUAAAGAAAAGAAAUUCACGCUGCUCGAAAAUGCCCCGCUCCUCCCCCCAUAACUUUUCUAAAGGUCCGUCCCUUAUCAGCAAUACAAUCAACUCAAGCAGUUAACAGAUGGUAAUUGAAUUACAUACAUUUACACAUGGACACAUCCGGCAUGAAUCCUAUAAAGAAACGUGUUCACAUAACUAAAGCAGAACAUAAAACAAGUACGCCUCUAUGAAAACACAUCGUAAUGUUUCCUUAAGAUCUUAUGAUAUAUUUUUUCUUUACAAAAUUAUAAAAUAAACUUGCUUCUUCUUUCAAAACUUAAAGUAGCUACUUUUGUGAGCAAGGUAGCUGACACAUUUCAUCAGUCGUUGGUGCUUAUGGAAACCCCUGGAUGAAUGUGGCAUAGGCUGGAGUCGAGGAGUAGGGGCUGCUAAGUGUUUUUAGUGGGAAGUUAGUUAUAGAGCUGCAGAUAAUUUUUUCUUUUUUUAUUAAAUGACAUGUGUUGGACAAAACUAAAAUGUGUUUGGACUCAAUCAAGGAUGCAUCAUUCGGUUAAAUGACAUUUUUGCAAAGUAGACUCGGGAUUUGCAGCUAGUUUGAUUUCUGCCUUGUGUUCACUUCAACAAAGUCUCUCUGGUAAUUUUCGGUCUUUGGUAUUAACUUUCUCUGGACAUCAUGUCUGACCUCAGUUAAAAUUUGGUCGUCUUGGGCCUAUUUGAAUUGCUCAUUAUCCAAUGAUCGACUAUUACUGCAGCUCCGUAAUUUACACAGUUUUCAUGUUUGUUUCCUGUGACAGUUCUGCAAUUUCUUUCUCUUUUCGUUGUGUGAACUGUUAUUGUCCCCAGGCAGUGAUUUUGUAAGGUUUGGAAGUAGAAGCAGCCGCUUUGAAAGUUAAGAGUGGCAGACAUGUAUUUCUGGUUUUGAGUUUUGGAAUUUUGCCAGCACACAAUGAAAAUAGGCUCGGCAAGGCGAAAAGUUAUUGAAAGAUAAGAUGACCGACAGCUUAUUUUGAUUCACCAAGAGGGUUCAUAAUUUAAUUUGCUGGUUGGAUCCAACAAAUGGAUCAAUUAAUUGCUCCAUAUGUUUUCCCAGGCUGGUAUUGAGUCAGUAUUGCUUAUAGAAGAUCCUAAAGUAGCCCGUGAAGUUAUGUUUCAUAAACCUCCAGCAAAAGCAAGGAUGGUGAGUCUUGGCUUUAAUUUGUACAAUUAGAGAGCAGAGAAUUUUAUUGCCUUUAAAGUUUUCAGGACUUCCCGUUUUGUUCACGUCUUAAAAGUGAGGAGCUUAACCAACGAUGAUGAUGUCAGAGAACGGCAAUAAAUCGAUAGGUUUAGAUUAGCAAAACAACAACUUUGCACGCGCUUCUCGCUUUUCUAUACAUUUCUGUAGCGUCCUUGCGCGACCACGACGCCCAAUUUCACUCUUUCUGGAGGACAUAAACACAAGACAACGAUUUUCUAAUUCUUUUUUAAACUUGGGUACAGUCAUUUAGAAUUCAACUCCAGAAGAAAAGUUCACCAACGUUCGACAAAAUGAAUGUCAUCGAAUAAGAGCGAUGAAUUUUGCAGCAUGAAGGCACUUUUUAAGAGACGUUUUCGCCACCGUCGUCUUCGUUGCUUAAGUUCUUUAUUAGGGACUUCAAGAUAGGUCACUACGGUCGCUUGUGACGGUUGGAUAGAUGUCACGUCAAGCAAAACACGCGUGACCUUUUACCGUCGUCCUUCUGGGACGGUAUGUUUUCGCCGGGUUUCUCGUCGUGAAGACAACGGUGAAACCGAUAAGAGUUCAUGCAUACGUAUUGUCGCUUUUCUUCUAAAACUGAGUAGCCAAUGGGUUAAAUAUGUGUUGGCUUGUGUUUACAUUGAUUUAGCUAUCGGUGAAAUGAAAAAAAAAAGCGAAAAUGUCAGAGUUCAGGCUUAGCUCGCGGCCACGUGGCGACUGCUUGUUUUUUUCCUAGAGGCGUCCGCCAUGGCAGAGGAAAAUUGCUGAAAAGAAAGGUAAAGCCCAGUUCAAACGUCGAUCUUUUCAUGUACCGAACUUAAUACCUAUUUAGGUCGACCCAAAUGAUAUAAGUUCGAGGUUGAUUCCGACGUCGAACUGAUUGGUCGAACUCGAUUCAUUUUCACGAUGUUCAGUGGUCUGGAAGGCUUCACAUGUAAACAAGUGAAAAUAAAUUUUAGUAAUUUGUCCAUUAGUUUCGGCACAUGAGAAAUUCAACGUUUGAACUGGCCCUAACGGUGAUGAUUGUAGCCGUCUUUUUUUAACUUAAAACUGUAUUUUUAUCAAGAAAAGAUUUCUUUAACUGAAAAAGUGUUGGCUUAGGAAAGGAAAGUUCAAAUAAAAACAUCGACUAGUUUUGAAAACUAGAUAGCUUUAAUUUGUACCGUAUUCUUUUGACUGGUAUUCUUCGUAUAAAAUAAGAAACUCUUCUUCAGUAAUUGAGCCCUCUACGAAAGAAAUUACAAGCGAGUUUCGCACAUGACUUCACCGUCCUCUGUUUUGUUGUCCGAUCUUAAAUUGAAAAUUUUCGCGCCUUCUUACCGUCAUGGCCCCAGGCCGCCCAUAUAGGCAUCCAACCGUCCCAGCCUACCGUAGUGGCCUAUCUUAAAGUCCCUAUUAACUCCAGUACAUAGUGGCCAGUCAGGCCAUUAUCCUUGAAUUCUUAGUGGCCUAAGGCUUCCUGUUUAACAUUAAAAAACUGCCGUCGAAGGACACCAGGAUUUAGCCCACAUACUAAACUGUUAGAACUACAGACUAAGUAAAUAGUACCCUGUGAAAGUAUUGCUGAAGAGGUUUCAUUGGAACGGUAACACCAUAGGAUUUUAUCCACCGAUUUAAAAGAUAGAUUGACAAAUUGUCCUGUCAUAACUUGCCUAGAAAUGAAAGGAUUACUAACUCAUUGUAACAACACAAACAUUAGUCAACAACAGCUUUUUUGAUACCCAUCAGUGGCAUUUAUUCCUCUCAGCAUCCUCUGUCAUAGCUCUGCAUGGAAAACAACAAGUAUUAAGGUUAAACGUUUCUGUUGUUGCUUUAGGCUUAUGCAGGGAAUGGAGACCAGCUCUUUGGAGGAAAGACAGCCAGAUCGUAUGCCUCUUUGGCAAGGCAGGCCAGAUACUUACAGAAAGACAUUGAGCAAGAUAUCAGGUACAAUGGGAGCUGACUAUUCGUUAAACUAUUUUCUGAAAAAUACUGUCUGGUCACAGUCACAGUAAAUAUUAUAGUAGUGGUAAAUUUUUAGGGGAAUAGUUUUUUGAAAUGUGUAUGCCCCAUUUCUACAAAUCUUUUGAUGGACAUUCGCGUACUCGUAGAAGAAGAAGAAGAGACCGAGUAGAUAGGAAUGUGCAGUUUGUAGAAUCCAUUUGGAACACCGUGAUUUCGUUCAUUGUCUUUGUCGGUUUUUCAGGCGCCUUGAGGAAGAGAUUGAACAGAAAAGACAGCAACAGCAGCAGUGUCAGGUUGAACUAAAUGACAUUGACAGAACAAUCAGAGAUAACUCGGUAGGUUGUUGGUUGCCUCACCCUUUCUUCCUAAGUAAGUCACUGUCAAGUUACGGCAAAUUGGGUGUUGUCCGAGUUUUUAUGGUUUGUUUUGUUUUAAUUAUUGCCACACUUUAGAAAGAGCUUCACAAGUCAAAAUCAAAAGCAUUUCGAGAACAGGAGGCUGUGAAUAAAUGUCUUGGUGUAAGUAUAAAAAUCUGUUUUCUAUCACUGUGUAUUUGUGUCAUAUAUAUAUGUUAUCCGUACCGAAUAAUUUGGUCAGGUGUUUUGAGUGGAUGAAACUGUUCAUCAUGUCACACAGAAAAAUUCCAAGUCCAUCGCUGAGUUGAACUCAUUAGGACAUUUUCCCGUUUUCUGCACACUAUUUGGCCUGUUUGUCUUAAUUAAGCUCAUUUGGGUAUGGUUUGAAAAUUCUCCUUCCCUUGCGCAAGUUAGAGAUCAAAGUUGUCAAAUUGACUGUGAAAACUGUUGACAUAACAAGUGGUGUUAGGGACGUGGGUUCCACAGAGGCAGUUGAGGUUGUAAUGUGUAAGGCCAAUGAUUGAGACUCGUUCAUUUAUACUAUCACAUUUCUGAGGGGACAGAAAUUCCAUUGCAGGAAAUAACGGAGCUCGAGAAUUUUGAAGAAGAAGACCUUCCAGACGUCACAACAUUGGUAGGUUCAAACAUAAAGGUAAACUUCAAGUCGUAGGUUUCAAAAUGGAAAAAAAGGCUGUUUCAAUGUCUUUCAAUAAAGAAAAGGAAACGCUAAUGAGCCAAUUGAUUGUGCUUGGUUUUCUUUCUUUCUUUCUUUUUUUAAACUUGACACCGUUUAAUUGCUUUGAGUGCCUACGCAAAACUCAACAGAAACUCAUAUUGUUUAUUUUAUUUAUUUACUUACUUAAGUAGAAAAAAUGACACAUACUAAACCAACUGCUGGCAAAAUUUAGGCACAUUUAAGCCUGGUUCUCGCAUGCCGCCGAUGCACCUGCGACAUGACCGCCAUUACUGCCUGGGAUACUGUUCCGAUAUGAGAACAGAAGUGGCCGGCAACAUUGGUCACCUGCGAAGUUGACUCGAGUUCAACUUCGUUGGUUUGCCGGUGGUAAAGCUCUGUGGUGGCUCUAGCUGGCGCCGCAUGUUCUCAUUCUUCCGAGAAGUAGCCCAGGCGGUACCGGCGGCUACGUCCCAGAUACAUCGGCGGCAUACGAGAACCAGGCUUAAGCAAAGACAACGCGACAUCAAUGAUGAAGGCGCGCACUGAUCUAAAAACCUAAUUGACCGAUAAUUCAUCAAUUUACUUCAAUUAAUGUGGUAAAUUGAUCACCCGAAGUCGCGUUCAGCCCUUUGUGCACGCAGUUUUGCCUACUCGCCUAAGCUGCGUUUUAUGGGAAUAGUCACCUCAUCGUUCUCUGCACUGAUUCAAACGUUUGCCAAGUACUUAGCAUGUUUCUUUCAGGAGGAAGAAGUUGAACACUACACCCAGCAGCUGGAAGAUCUAGAACAACAGGUACAGAUUUUGGAAGCCUUGAAAGUCCUGAAAUUUUGACUUGUGAUAGAAUUGCUGAGAGUUGUUUUGUUUAUAAAUGUCUGCAGAGUGUCGUAUUCGAGGAGGAGUUAGAGAAAGCACAGAAUGAAUUAAGCAAGCAGCAACUCAAGGAUCAGCAACUUAAGGAGAAGAUCCAGAGUCUGUUGGAAAAGGCAGAUCCCUUUAGGGUAUGUAAAAAACUAACGGUAGCAAUGAAGAUAUACAUGUAGAAUUAACACAACCGUCAAAUCUCUCUAAGAUGGUCACCUUCGAGACCGGACCUGACUCUUCGUCUUAGAGAGGUGUCUUGGCUUAUAGGGAUUCGAGGCAGCGCGACAAUAGUAAUUUUAAAGCUGAAAAUAUUUGCAAUGAAUACACGUCUUUUUAACUUGUACAAGGCAGCUAAAACUGGAACAUUGUAACAGAAAGUGGAAUUAUUUUCUCAUUGUGCAAUGGAGUAAGAAUACGAAAUAUCAAACAUUUCGCAAUGUACUGUCAUGCAAAGCACCUACAUUUCCGUUUUGAGGAAUUUUUCACUACAUAACGCACUUCCUAAUUGUCGUUUGAUGGUUGCAAAAGUGUCCCUUGUCCAUCUUAGAGAGGUGUCCCGUUAAGAGAGAGUUACUAAGUUUCUGCAAACCCAGCUCUAACCACUUAGCAACGCAGCCUCCUCUGUGUAUAACAUGUUUGCUGUUCCAUUAUUGUUCACAACGGACACUAUUGCUCUGCUUAAUGUGUUACUACCUUUAUCCGCCCACGCUUGUGAUUGUUUUUAUAAAAGAAAACUCUUCUUUGGGAUUUGCUUUCUUUUCAUUUUCGUUUUCAUUUUGUUUUGAAAAGGUGUGGGGGGCAGGUAGGAGUCGGUGGUGGAAACGUUUGCGUAGGUAUUUGUUUGUGCAAACAACUACAUGUCAUGCAAUUGCUAAUCGUAUACAGUCUUCAGAAUUCGAUGGAAAUAUUUAACGUAUUACUUAAAAUACACUGUAUAAAAGUAUGGAACCUUUUAGAGAACCAAAAGAUAUGAGAGACCAUAAGAUUGAGGUUUUUGGCAUUUCCCGCGAACCGCGAACGUCAAGAAGUCACGUGAUCAGGGCCUUGCCGUCAGGUUUGCGGUUUUACGUUCACGUUUGUACGGCUAGACCACGCUCCAGAGGUACGUCAUUUGCCGCAAGGUGUUUGGCUCCCGAAAACAUCACAUUCCAGACAUUCCCACGUUUGAGAAGAAAUAGGACUUUAUAGAACUCUUUUUCUUAUUUAUUAUCAACUUUUGUUUAAAAUAAAGUAAUUUUGAAGACAAUUUCUCAGCUAAAAUAGAAGUUAGUGGAUGAAUGAAAACAAACAUGGCAUCCCCGAGCUACCACCUGCGAACCUAAGUCCCAAAUGUGGGCAGACGGGUAAAGUGAAACCGUUAACCGCAACCGCAGUUUGUCGUUUGCAGUAAAAUGACCAAACUUCGAUCUUAAGGUCUCUUUGUAUUAUUAGUAGCGGAGCUCCCGCGCGCGCGCAGCGCAGCACCAUGGGUAAGAAAAUUUGGUAAACUAUCCAUCCGAGAAAAUUUGGUUAUGACGUAGAGUACGCCGCCCGCCCGCCCACCCGUACACACGCUUCAUGUAAGCGAUGUCAAAUGUCACAAUAGAUCUUGCACAACUUGACUAGCCUCUUAGUUAUGUAAGCCAUCCGUAUGAGUACGAUUAGAUUGACGGCUGUCAAAAUCAGACAUCCGCUGACAAUUAUCACUUGACCGUCUCGCGGGCUCAGAGAAAAGACCAGUCGUUUUGCACCCAUAUAUAAGCUGAUAUAAUAUGUCACACUUACCAAUUCAACAUGAAAACGAAACUACGCCGGGCAAGGCUGUCAGUUGGCUGACAGUCGUUUAAAGUUACAUUGGCAAGCCAAAUUAAGGUCAACUGACAGCUGUCAAAAUGGGACAUGUGCAGACCACUAUCAAAAAACUAAUAACGUCGGCUCAGGUUCGCUCAGGUACACGAUCUAGCAUUUUCCACCACAUGCCGGACGGAUAUGUCCUACUCACACUCGUAGUCUGCUAAUUCGAAUAUUCGCCAUUCUAAUGAAGGUUAAUUGACAGCUGUCAAACUAGAGUAUACGCUGACCAUCAUCACUUGAGUGUGUCGCGGGCUCAUUUUUCUAUCCAUUGAGGUCACGUAGUGUUAAAAGUUUCGCGCUGAUAUUUUAUUUGAUCACGGGCUCAAUUCGAAGCCCCAUAGCUUUAUAGAAAAUCUAUCCAUCCUAGAAAAUUCGGCAAUCACGUGACCGUACACCGACCACCCGACCUUCCGUUCGUCCGCACCACAGGCAUACCAAUGUUUAAUCUCACACUUUCUAGCUAGUUUGGGAGCCUGCAACCUGUACAUCCAUGUUUUGAUUAAUUGACAGCUGUCAAAAUAGUGUUUCUGAUGACCAGUAUCGCCUGACCGUAUCGUGGGUUCAGGUAUCAACCCUCUGUGUUCGAGUAAUUUUUUGAAGGUAUCCGCUGACAAGUUGCUACUUUUCAAAUGAUCGCAGGCUCAAGUUCAAUUUUUUUAAAAUGCAUAUGAAGUAACUCGUGUUUCAUGAGCCGCACUUUUAAAAUGUUGAUUUCGAACUGACCUCGGACACGAAAAUUCAACCGGCUUUUACAUUUACAUGCAGGGAAGGCAAUCGCUUUUGACUUUUCUCACUGCCACGCGUUGGUCCCGCUCUACGUCCAAUUUUUAUGUUCUGAUUGGUCAAAAUUUGACAGGUGAGUUUAUGCGGAAAAUUUAUGCACCGUCUGGAGACUUGCUUACUGAUAGCUGGAGCUGACAGGGUUUUGUGUCAUCUUGUGAUGUUUUAAACUGUCUUUUUCUACUUGGUGUACAAAAUGAAAUACAGCUGCUAUCAAGAUUGUUCUGUAAUUCGUGGCUGGUUUGUUUAUUGCGCUUUUUGUUGACAAAUGCACCGUUUGUCAAAGUCAUUGGAAAUCCGAUUUCGGAUGGCAUCGUUUUCAAAAAUGAGCUUACUCACUUGCCCUUGCUUGAGGCGUAAGAGGGUUGAAAAGUCUCAAGCGAUUCUGGAACACUUGAUGACCUUCAGAAGCAGCAUCUCGACUGGUAAGCCUGAGCAAUUAUUAUCUUUGAUGUGUUUUUUUUCGGUUUUCUGAAGUCGAGCGUAUGGUUUAGGCGGCUUAAGUUUAUAAACGAGCAAUGAUCUAACCUACAAUAGUAUCAGGUUUAAAAAGCCUUCAGACAUUUUUUGACCCGCAAAUUCAAAGAAAAGGUUCCGAAGAUUAUUUAGUUAUGAGUUUGGCUGUAAGCAGAAAGCUCUGAACGAUUUUCUUGCCUCGAGUUCAUCUUGAAAGAGAGCGAACACCGGGAAGCAGGCUUAAAACAUAAAUAAGCUUAUGCUUACCUGACUCAUGAUUUUCUGAGACACUUUACUCUCAAUACUUCUCUUUGUGAAUGAAAAUUAUUGUCUCUGUACAUGUUUCACCGAAUUAAAUUUAUUUUAUUGAUUGUUAGUAGUCCCUCUCGCAAUUUUCAUCGCUGCACCGGUUGUUUACAGUCGAACAUAAACAUCGCAUGCAGGAAUACUCAAAACGCCGCGCGUAAAUAUCACUCGCUUUUAAAGAUUACACAUAACAAAAUCAUACACAGUUUAAUGAAUAAAGGGAAAUAAAACCUAAACAUAACAAUUUCUCUAUCAUGUUGAAGCGUAAAUGGUAACUCUGUUAAUCGCACUGCAAAUUUGUUGCCUGUCAAAAGUGAGAACCCGUCCGGCUGGCCGAAAAGUGAUUUUGGGAAUUUUUUUUUUUAUCGUUUUCAUUAAAAGCCCAUAAUUAUUACCCUGCAUAUCACACAGGACCAGAUUUUUCUAACAGAAAAGUCCCGGCUUUAUAGAAUUCUCUUCAUGAAAACGUUUUAUAAUUCAAUGCUAUAAUUUGUUGUGCAAAGGAAGCGCGUGCUUUGAUCGUCGUGGAUAUUGAAUGAGUGCAACUUCUCUUGCAAAAUUGUGAAAAACUGCAGAAUUAUAGGUUUAAAUAGGGCAAAAAAGAACAAAUUCUGCCCAAGGUCUGUAUGAUAAAAAAAAGGGCAUUAUAGUACUGUUUGCCUGAGACGUGAUGAGAAAAAGUAUGUUUAAAAGGCUGGUUUACACGCCACCACUGAGAUUCGUCGCCAAGAUUUACUAGUAAACUAAACUUUUCGAACACAAAAAAUCCAGCCUGAUUUUUUAUUUUGGCCUCUCUUUUAGACCGAGGAAUGCAACGUGUAAAUUGGCUGCCACCAAGGACUAUCGUGGCGCAUGUGUUUCUUAAAAUUAAAUUUCGGGGUUGUCCAAUUAUCCAUAGUCUCUCUAACGGAGCAGUGUUGGAGAGACUGGUGAAUGCCACAUUAUGAUGCAACAGCUAAUGCAAAUACAAUACACGAAUAGGUCUAUUAAUUUUGUUUUCCAAGCCUAAUCUACUGUGAUCGAACAUGAUUGCUAUUUUUCGGUGUACAAAUAAGACUAUUUAAUAACUCGAUGUAAAAUUUGUUUCACUCUUGGACGGUCAAAUUCUGAUUUUUCUCUAAAAUUACUCAGUCUUCAAAAGUCAAAUGAAUGUGCCCUGAUCUGUGGAUUACAAGUUUAUUGUUUGAUUUAAAUUGUGAAUUUAUUAACGGGAGCUUCGCUUUUAGCCCUGGCUAAAUCUAUAUAUUAUCUUUUCGUUGCCUCGUCCGUACAGUGGAGAAGGAAAAUGUCAAGUCUUACAAGUAAUAAGGGACGGUUUAACCGAGAGUAGUGACAUUUUAACUUUUCCACAUUACGGUUUUUCUCCCUUCUAUUUGCUGUUCUCUUGUUUAUAUCGCUUAAAUGCGUUGUAAUGCCACUCUUAAGGCAAGUUACAGAAUAACGUUUUUGACCACAGAGCCAGCAACAUGAAAUUGAGGUUCAGAUUGAAACACAAAAGGGCCACAGAAAGCACUAUGAGAACCGGCUGAGGGAGCUGCAGAAUUUGAUCAAGAAAGCUGAAAAAGAGCAUGAGAAUAUGAAGAGACUUGUUCAGGUGAGUUUUCUUCUGUUAAAACCAAUUUUUCAUUGUAUUUAGCAUGGUAUAAUGAUUGAAGACACUGAUUUUACCUUUCUUGCUGCCUAAGGGAGCACCAUUUGUGCGAGGUCAUCCAAGCCCUGUAAAAUUCUAGUCAUUGGCAGGGAAACAGUAGUGUCUCCGUCCUCACCUUCUUAACCUCCUCUCCUUAAUCCUGAGUAUUUUCCUAACGCCUAACCAUGGGAUCGAAUCAAACCUGCAACCUCUGCUCGAUUUACUUUUUGUAGGGAACUACUGUGUAGCGUAAAAGCCUUUGUGGAAAGUUGAGGGGAUGCCUGAAAAUAUACUCCUUUUUAACUGGUAGUACUCGGAUUGUUUCCUGAGUCGCCUAUGACAAUUAAUUAAGUCAUCUAAUGACUAGACCCUCAGGAAAACUGUUGUUUCCGAAAAAAAUAGGUUUCAUGGAAACAAAAUUGACCAGAAUUUUUUUUCAGUUUUGUUAUAUAGUCCACGACUUGUGAAAGUAAAUCCCAUCGAGAUCGCAGUAUAUUCUCCACUCAGAAGUAUUAAUACAGGAAACAGUUAUUGGGAUAUCUCUAUGGCUGGCUGCUAAUUUGAAAGCAGGCAGUGCUAAAUACGAGAACGUGAUUGGUGGUGCCUUUAUUUAACUUAGAUGUAAGGAAAUUGGACACGCUGAUAAUUUUUCCAUGGAAAACGAGUGAGACUUGUGUGACUUCUUCACUACAAACAUAAAUCAGUUUUGCUGUUACAGUAGCUUCCAAGAUAAGGUUAAGAGGUAUUUCCUUAUUCCUUUUGCAGGAAAAGACCGAGCAAGCCUGUCAAUUUUGUGAUCGAGUAAAUACCAGGAGAACUGUCAAAAACUUAGAAUCUGAAAUCAUCCAAAAAACAAGGCGAAUACAGACAGAAGAAAAAAAGUAAGUUCAUUGUUAGUUUAACCUUAUUAGCUCUUGUGAUUUUUUGAUGUGAUGGUCGUACAGGUCUUCUUGACUUUGCAUGAUCUGCUCGGCACUCGUUAAGUCUGUUUUGAAAUAGUAAGCACUUGAUCUUUUAACUCGUUAUAGUGACCAAACAAAAAAUUCACAAUGAAAGCAAAUUUUGUUUUGUUAAAACCUUAGAAAGAAUAUCACUAUUCAAAAGUUCUGUCAAAGAGGUUUAGGUUCAAUUGUAACACGCUAGGAAUUGAUCCAAAGCCCAAAGAAGUAGAGUCACAAAUAACCUGGCCCUCAAUUAGACAAAGAGAGAAAGGCGCUAAUGUGCCUUUAAUCCAGUGUAUAACUGAAAGAAAGCUGCGUGUCUCUAUCUAGCAAAGGGAAACAUGAAGAUAUCACAAGAGAAUACUUCGAAGCUAAGACGCGGUAUGAUAGCAUUAUGGAUUCAUUGAAGAACUUAAAACGAUAUAGCAAGGUAAGUAUUUCUCUUGCCUUAAUGUUGAAUAACCCUUCUUUGGCAAGGAUUAUUUCUUCCUACGUUUUCUCAUUUUAAAGACCAAACUAAUGUACACCAGGUCAGAUGGUAAAUAACGUACACUUGUUGUGAAUUGCAGCGUUUAAAGGCAGUAAUGGAAGAAAGGGCGAAAGCGUUUAUCAAUUACCGUCACUACAUUGCUAUACGUGCCAAGUACUUUUUCCAAAUGAUGCUUUCUCAGAGAGGUUACAAUGGCAAAAUGGUCUUCAAUCAUAACGAUGAAUCUCUUGCACUUCAGGUUGGUUCAAUUCUGAUUCAUAACUUGCAUAUUUUAGUUAACUGUAAGAAUAUUUAAUAAUGGUGCGAAGGCAGCAAUUACAUAUAAAUAAAAAACAAGGCAGGCGUGAGUCUUCCAACCGAGAGAAAAAUUGGCAAGGCACAUUUUGCUGGAGAACGCCUUUGAAAUCAAGCUUAUAACGGACAUUUGGAGAGUGGACUACCUGCACGGUCACAACGGAAAACCAACCUGUAACCCUUGGGUGCUCUGCUUGUUCUUUAAAGAGGAUAUAUCUACGUAUACGGCUCAUGCAUAGGGACAAAAUAUUAGAAAUAAGGAAACAGUUGGAUUUCCGCAUACCCAAAGACUUUGGAAGGAUUUCGGAUUGUGCAAAAGGAAGCCAGCAAACAAACAAAAGACCAGACCUAAAAACUGUCCACAAAGUGCUUGCGCUAAAGAGGAUGGUUUAGAGAAAGAAUACAAGAAGUAGAAAAGCAGACAGAUCAAAGAGCAAAGACCAAUGUCUGGAACUCUACCAAGAUGCCAUCGAACGCACCUACUUCGUCCCAAAGCUCGAUGUUUCUGAAAACGACAUUCAUGGACUACAGGAAGUUUUUGCCACAGUUCAAAAGACGUUUAGAAUCUUGAGGCUACAGGCUGUACACAUUGACCACCAAAGGACUUUUUGGGUACACUGGAUAGACAAGCGCUUGUAACACACAUGAUGGGAAAAGGAUUUGGAUCGCAGGAAGUCUUCCAUGUUCCCGAAGAAGGCAAAGGUUACAUACUGGACAACACAGGCAGCAUUGGAGACCAUGUUUGCAUCUGGACGAUGCAAACAAAAAGCUACAACAAAUUGGUCUCGCAGUUCGAAACCCGGAGAGGUUUGGGAAGCUUCAGUGGCCAUAUGGCAGACAAUGCCAACUGCCCGCAACAAGCAUCUUCAUACGACAUUCGAGUACCCCAAGGUGUAAGAACGAGGCUGUACCAGAAUCGAGUUUGCUAUGUAUGUGUGUGAAGGCGAGAGGCUAUCAACCGAAAUGCAUAAUCAUAAUUUCUCUUCAAGAUCAAUUGUUAUCGGUUGUAACACGGUGGAGUGGGUCAAUACUUACAAACGUCUUGUGGUAAUUAUAAGUGAUGAUCUUAGGUGGGUCCAUCACAAUGAGUACAUUUCUAAGAAGGCUUCUAAGCAUCUCUACUCCCUGAGAAUUCUUGAGAGAGUAGGAGUAGCUAGUGAUUCGACUUUGAGGGUGUGCUUGACAAUUUUCCGACCUAUUUUAGAAUAUGGUGUAAUUUACUGCAAUGAGGUUAAUAAACGGUCUUUAUUUAUUUAUUUAUUUAGCCGAGGUGCGAUCCCUCUGGAGUUGGUCUACACAAGGCAAAUGUCUGUCUGUAGUGCAACUACCCAUGAGGCAAUAGAUAACUCUACCAAACAGCUUGGGCCUUCCUUCUUGCAGACUGGCCGCAAAACAAAAUUUACAUGGCUUGGGUGACCGUAUGAAAACAUGAAAAAUCCAAGGUGUCAUUGCUACUCAUUGAAAAUUGUGUCUAGAUAGAAAAAGGCCCCCUAAGAGCUGUAGAAUGGAUGUAUGGGGAUUUUGGCCUUUUUCGUUGCCCUUUCUUUAUUGCGGAGAUUUUAGAAGUGAGCCAAGAGGAAUAAGUUUUGUCAAGGCUGCGCCGCUACACCAAAAAAGUACCAGCAAUACUCACAUCGAGCAAGAAACCAACCCAGAUCCACCAACACGCACUAAACCCUAGCGAUAUUCUACCUCCAAGCGAAAUGUCGAGUGGGUCUGGCCAUCGAAGAAAACCCAUAGGUGUCGAGAAACCUUUGUGCCAGCUGAAGGAGGUUCUUGAAAUCACCGAAAAACGUGACCUAUCCACCUUGUUGACGAGCAAAUGAAACCUUCUUUUUAAAGAGAUGUUUGAAAGUGAGCAAAGGGUCGAUUGGACACAGGAAUUCGAAAAAAAGCAACCACAAGAAACAAAUAGUCUUUAAAAAGUGAGAGCGGGAAAAGAUACAGAACAAGCCGCGUCUGCGAAAAACCGUUUUGACCAAACAAAAAUAAAAAUACGCCCGAUGUCCAAAACCUUUGACACUUUUCAGACACCCAAUGGAAAAUCCUUGAAUACAAACCAGCAAGGUAAGAUCCAAUGGUUGUUUUGGAAUGAGAGGGAGGGACAAUGGGUGUUUUUGCAACAAGUCACGUCACAAAAAUUCUAGUGGAGAGUAAAGAUAUAUUCUAAACGCGCAGUGAUCUGUCUUUCCUGUCAACCGACAAAAUAGAACUACAAAUCGGAAUAUCACCACAAAAAACCUUCUAUACAACCGAUGGUUUUCGCAUCAAAUUGAAUCCCAUCGCUGUGGAAUAAAAACCCACCCCAAACCUUUUUGAAAGCGUGCAAAGAAUAUUGAAAAGGUAAAAGACCAAAGUCAACUCCUCAACGAAUACCUCGAAGGAAAGAGAAGGCUCCAAAAGAACUCGAGAAAUGCGCCCAUCACAACCCUAGAAAUAGAAGAAACGCAGGAGUUCACUGCAGGGCUCAAAAUAACGGACAACAGGUCGCCGGUCAUGAUGACCGGCCAAAUAUUUUUUAGCCCGGACAAACCCCGAUUUUGGCCGGUCAAAUGAUGAAUACUAUAAUUUUUUUUUUUACCUACGGAUUAUCGAAUUACGCUUGCAAUAGAUCGUUGUACUGCACUGGCGUUCAGGUUUUUGGCGGCAAGUUGGUGAAAAAUUCGUUCACACGUUGUUGAGUUAAUUUGCUUUCCGCAAUUUUCGCCCCUUUUCAUGUCCGUUUAUAUAUACCUUGAGUAUCAUCGUUACGGUGGUGCCUGAAGUCUCCAAGGUUUGUCCUAUAUCUCUAUAUCAGUGAAACUUGAUCUUUUUCGUUGGCCGGUACGUGAUCAAAAGUCUCCUCCAUAAAGAAGAAACGUCGCCAAAUAUUUCCAGCAAAGAAGUUGAUUUGGCGAGAAAUUUGUUCCACAAACAGCGUAUUUAUCAUCAGAAGUCAAUAAAUAUACAGCAGAGCUUUCGUUUGGGUCGUCGCGCAACACUCUAUCGCGAAGGGCUCAUUAACGUCAACAGAAAUUUGCAUAAAGCUGUUUACAAGAAGGAGGAUUUGAAGCGCCGAGAUAGGCGACGUUCGUCCUCGAUUCGCUUAUAUUAAUUGGUUUUAUCAGACAAUUCUGGAAUCGAGUCCGCAAACGAGAUUCAUGUGCAACAUAAAGAAAGUAUUAUAAUUAAUCGAUGCACUGAAUUUUAUCUCCGGAGAAACAGUACAGGACGAGCGAUCGAUUUUCCCGAAUUCCGUCGAAGGUGAUUUUCACAAUCCUCUUACAGGUAGAUGUGAAACGUUUGAUGGACAAAAACUGUUAGCUAUCCUUUAGUUUUCUAACAAGUAACGGAUUAUUUAGUGUAUGUUUUCCCAAAGAAGGUCACAUUACUGAUCACAGCAAAGCAGAAUGUACAGUACGACCUGCUGCAUCGUUGCGUUACUCCACAACUAAGUUUGUUGUUGUUUCGCUUUGUUGCGUUUCAUUACAUGACGAUUUUAAAUGAAAUUUAUUGGAGCGUUCCUUUUCUGUAAAGGGUUUAGUGCAAAGCAGCAAAAAAGCCAAAGAAAAAACAAAUCAUUACAGCGUUAUAGAGCAAAACGCAUUAAGCGACAGCUAUAUGGAAAAUAUUAUAACAUGUUCGCAUCCAAAAAUGACCGGCAAGACGAGAGUUUGACCGGUCAAGUCCACGAUCAGGCCGGACAUUGUCCGUUGACCGGCCGUUAUUUUGAGCCCUAAGUUGCCCAAAGGCAUCUACCUUGUCUCGCAAAAAAUUAUAUCAAGGAAUUGGUCUAAUGUUGUAUCUUUUGCCACUGGACGAGCAAAACGAGCCGAAAACUGAUUGCAAUUUACCAGAUUGGGGGCACUUCCUGCAACAAGAGGUAGACAAAAAUAAUAUCAAAGACAUCGAGGGACUGCUUUUUUACCGACUGGGCAAAGAAAAGACAAUAACAGCAAAAGGAAAGGACAGGGCCGUGCAGCUGUAUCCGUUUAGCCAUUCCCGAGCUUCUUUGCGGGUAUUGCCUUUUCUUUGCCUAGUCGGCAGAAAAGCGGUCCUUGGAUGCCUUUGAUACUAUUGUUUUUGUGUACCUCUUGCCUCUUUUUGUAGGAAGUGCCCCCAAUCUGGUACAUUGCAAUCAGUCUUCGGCUUGUUUUGCUUGUCCAGUGGUAAAAGAUUCAACAUUAUUUGAUCGAUUCCUUGAUAUGAUUUUUUGUGAGACCACUUCGUUGCAAAUCUUGCGAUUUCUUCUUGGGUUGUGAUGGCUCGCAUUUCUCGAAUUCCUCCUUUUGGAACCUUCUUUUGCUUCCGAGAUAUUCGUUGAGUAGUAGACUUUGGUCAUCCACCUUUUGGAGCAUUUUUUUCAGCCUUUCCAAAAGGUGUGUUUGGUGUCUUUUCUAGGGCAAUGGGAUUCCAAUCGAUCCAAGAACCAUCGGUUGUAUAGAAGGUUUUUUGUGGUUCUAUUCCCAUUUGUAGUUCUGUUUUAAGGGGUUGGCAAGAAAGACAAAUGCGCAGCAUUUGGAAUGUAUCUGCUUUCCUCUAGAAUUUUUGAGGUGACUUGUUGCAGAAACACACCCUGUCUCGCCUUCUCAUUCCAAAACAGCCAUUGGAUUGUAUCUUGCUGGUGUGUAUCCAAGGAUUUUUUGGGAAAGUGUCAAAGGUUUUGGGCAUUAGGCAUGAAUUGGGCGACCUUCUUCCAUUUUUCUGUUCGGCCAAAACGGUUUUUCCCGGACGCGGCGUGUCCUGCAUCUCUUCCAACUCUCUUUUUUGCAAGAGUAUUUGUUUGUUUCUUGUGGUUGCCUUUUCCCGAAUUCUUGUGUCCUCGCUAGCCUUAAACAAUCUCAUCCGAAAGGUUUCAUUUGCACACCAACAAAAUGGAUAGGGUCACGUUUUUCGGUGUUUUCAGGACCCUCCUCCAGCUGUAAAAGGUUUCUCGACACCUAUGGGUUUUCUUUGUUUGCCAGACCCACUCGACAUUUCGGUUGGCGUCAGAAAAUCGCUAGGGUGUAGUACGUUUUGGUGAAUCUGGCUUGGUGUCCUGCUAGAUGUGAGGAUCGUCGGUGCUUUCUUGGUGUGGUAACGAAACUUUGACAAACUUCUUCCUCUAGGUCCACUUUCAAAGUCUCCGCAACAAAGAUCGGGCAACGACAAAGGCCAAAUUCCCAGCCAUCCAUUCUAUGGCUCAUUGUAGGCCUUUUUCUGUCGCGCCACAGUUUUUUUAAAGUAGCAACGACGCCAUGGAUUUUUCCCGUUUUCUUACGGGCACCCUAAGCCAUGUAGAUUUUCAUUUGUGGCCAGUCUGGAAGAAGGAAACAGGAGUCCAAGCUGUUCGCAAGAGCUAUGCAUUUCCUCGUAAGCAGUUAAACUACAGACAGACCUUUGCCUUUGUACAGACCACUUUCAGAGGGGUCGCACCUCAGCUGUUGUGGUCGAAACUCCUUUGCCUUCACACGCGUACAUAGAAACCUUGCUUCGGUACAGCAUCGUUGUAGCACCUACUUGCACGUCGUACGGAGAUGCUUGUUGGGGCAAUUGGCAUUGUCUGCCAUAUUGCCUAUGAAGCUUUUACCAAACUCUUUUCGGGUUUCGAAUUGGGAAACCACCUUGUUGUAGAUCUUUGUUUGCAUCGUGCAGUUGCCCGUUUCUAGCUAGAUGCAAAGUCUGUGUUGUCCAGUAUGUAACCUUUGCCUCUUUCGGGAAAAUGGAAGUCUUUCGACAAAAUUUGAUUAAUUUUAUACACUAGGGAAAAUGAAAGCAAAGGCAAUAUAGUUGGGUUCAUCGAGGGCGACAAGAGAUCGUAUCAGUUAAGUUGUAUCUCCUUUGGCCUUUGCUCUACUAGAGAACUGAGUAUUGGCGGAGUGUUUAAGUCGUAAACAGAGUGAAAGAUCAGAGACUUCAUCCAUCCACUGAUCGCUCAAGGAUAUAGGGAACAUUUGUUAGACUCGGUUUUAAGGCGAGGUGCAUGAGGGUAGUUUGCGUAUGUACAUUUUGUUUGAUUUUGUUUUCGUCUCUGAUUACUUUUCGGUCGUGGUAACAUUGAGAAUGGCCAGAAUUUAUCUUGUUUCAAUUGGGCAAGUCUGGGCAUGUUACUUUUCUUGAAACGUCUGGCCGAUGUUGUGAUAACUAGUGAGUGUUAACUUUUCCAGGUGAACGUCGAGAGUGGCACCAAACGUGUUGCCAAGGAUACGCGCUCGCUUUCUGGUGGCGAGCGAUCCUUUUCUACCGUAUCGUUCAUUAUGGCUUUGUGGGAGGCAAUGGAAUCACCUUUUAGAUGUCUUGACGAAUUUGACGUCUUCAUGGUUAGUACGAUAGGGAGUUGGGUUCGGUUAUUAGGACAUUAAAGGAACUGUGUCAGAACAUUUAUCCAAAUUUCUUUAGUGGGAACUGACUCCAAACUUGGUGGAACUUAAAAAACUGGUUCAAACAUAAAAAAAGUAUAAAUAACACAGCAAAUUCAAAAGGAGGCACAAAAAAAACAAACUUGAAGAAGAUUGAAACGGAUUGCAAGUGACAGCUUGUUAGCCGAACAGUUUUUCAAACAUGUUUGUUCGCCUCGAAGCUCUAAAAAUUCCGUACCAUAUAUGGCUAAUAAGUUAUUAAUUAAGUCUUAGAGUAUUUACUUUUUUCCGUCAUCCCCUUUCCUUUUUUCAAAGCAUUCGAAUAUAUGUUUUGCUAUUAGUUUUUGUAUUUUAGCAUUUCCGCUAGCGGGGUUUAUUAGAAACAUGAAUAUUUUGUUACGUGACAUUCUGCUUAUUUUUAUCCUGUAUUGUUUUCCCAAAUAAUCUAGUAACGAACGUCUUUUUUCCUGGUAAGCAGGGCAUAUAUUUGGAAAAUGGAAUUGGUCCUCCAUUUCUAUUUUACAAAUUGGGCAAACUCUUUCUGGAGACCGGCCGCUUUUUUCAACUUUCGGUGGGUUUGGAAAAAUGGGGGAAGAGGGGAAAAUGCACUAAUUUUUGACGUGACGUGAUAGAAAAGAGCUCUCUUUCAUGAACAACGUAAAACUAAACUGUAACCUCCGAGCUUGUCAGGAUGUCUUAAUGUCUUUUUUGUCUUUGGUAGGACAUGGUAAACAGGCGAAUUAGCAUGGAAAUGAUGUUAAAGGUGGCCAAAGAACAACAAGAAAGGCAAUUUAUCCUUCUUACUCCUCAGGACAUGAGGUGGGUGACCGGCGUGAAAUGUCAUUGUUAUAUACUACUUAUUAGCCAAGGCCGAGGUCUGAGAUUUCCCUGUAAGGACCGAACUGAAGAAGUUAAUAAGUUAUAUAUGAUAUGGCCUGUUUAGCGCUAUUCUUAAAAUGAAUACAGUCGAACCUCUCCACAAAGGCCACCUUGGGGACUGAAGAAAGUAGCUGUUCUGGAUAGUUGGCCGCUAUGGGGAGGUAGGGGUGUAAAUGUGACCAAAUUAUUUGAGGGAGUACAACAUGUUGAUCAUGCUAAGCUCAUGCUUGCUGUAUCCCUUGAUGGUAAUAAUCCAAUGAUAAAUAACAUGUAGAGAUAAAAUAUACAAAAUAAAUUCGAAUAAUGUUUUGAAUCAAAAUGUUAACAUGACGAAACGAGCAAGGUUGGCAGCAUUGGCUUUAAGUAGCGUAAACAAUUUAUGCUUACUGCAGCAGAUAAAUAAAAAAAAAAUCGAAGUAGGAUUGCGGCGAUUAAUCAUCAACGCGCCGUGCAAAUCCCAUUUCAUGGCCGGUCUUGACUUUUCAUCAGUUGCUUAUUUUUCUGGCCGUUGUCGAGAGGUUAUUUUGACAGUAGGGGACACACUUUUGUGGUCGCUGCCGUUUGAGGGAGGUGGCUGUUGUUGAGAGGUUUAAACAAGAGGCAAUGUGUGGAUUAUCCACGGGGACAAAAAAUUACUUGGCGUUCUGGAGAGGUGGCCACUAUUAGGGGUUCGACUGUACAAUAAAAAACACCGGAGGUAAUUUUCAACAUCCGCUCGUAAGAGGUCAUUCGAGGUCGUGCUUACUGAACCGAAACGAACCUAGCGAUGCAAUCGAGUUUCUUUGUCAAUAAGAAAUUCUGACCUGAGCCCGCGAUCAAUGAAAAACCAAUAACUGGUCAGUGGAUAACAUAAAAGACACGUCCCUUCUAUGAAUUUACACGUAAGCCCGCGAUGCAGUCUGUGACACUGGUCAGCGGAUAACACUUUUUUUUGACAACAGUCAAUAGGCCUUUCGAAUUAGUUGAUCACAUGAUCAACUUUCGGUAAACAUGAAAUCAGUUCGCUUUUGAAAAUUUUGUUAGCACGAGCUGAAAGAGCAUAUUAAAAUUAGGUAGCCUGUUAAUUUUCAGCCUUAUAUUUCAAAAGUAGAGAUUGCAACGGCCGCCUAAAACUAGAAGUAUUAGUAUGAGGAAAACAACUCUUGCCACCCAGUCUCGCAAGUGUCCGUAUUAACGGGGUUCGUCUGUAGACAAUUGAUAACUAAGGUGCAGACAAACCGUACAUAGAAAUAGUCAGACAGAGAUGUUAGUUGAGUAACAGGCAGGAGAAAGCAGAAUUCAAAUAAAAUGCAUUUCGUGUUGUAGUCGAAGAUAGCUUUAUAGGUGCAAUGUCUUAGCGGUGAAAUCGAAAAGCCAUCUUGUGUUGCUUGCGUUCUUCUCACAGCUUCAGAAGUUUAUCAUUUGCCUUUUUUUCGCAGAGAAUGUAAGAAACAAAUACUAAAUCAGCUUAGUGAAAAAAACAGACGUAAAGAGGCAGUGUUACCAUACACAUGUAGAAUGCGAGCAGUCACGCGUGUGGUCAUUUUGUCUCGCGCGUUUCACCUGACGGACUAAGGAAAAAGAGAGACUGCUCGUAGUCUAUGCGCAUGCGAAUAUACUUGUGACAAUUAGCGGUACUGCUUAAUUUCCAAUACUAUUUUGAUUGUUUCAUAUGGCUGUUGCUUUAGGGACGAUUGUUACCUGUUAAUCAACAACUUUUUUAUUUUCAGUUCCAUAGGACAGAGUAAAAGAGUAAAGAUAUUCAAAUUACAAGAUCCCGAACGAGGACAGACAACCUUAAACUUUCAAGCGCCCGAUCCAUAGAUCUGCGUCCGUCUGACCAGAAGCAUAUCACUCCCAAAUCCUCUUAUUACAUAGUUUUUUUUCCAAGUUGUUGUUCAAAAAAUUUAUUGGGAAAUCAAUUGGCCAAUUGGGGGAUCAUUAGAGUUUUUAAUAAUCAAUGCAUUAUGUAAAUUACGUUCAAGAUUUUUACAGAAAAGUUUUCAGUGAAAGUUAGAAGACAAGAGUAUAGUUAAAGAAAAAAAAUAAUGGCACAAGGUCAUAUUUGUUGAUGUUGCGGAACAUCAUCCUCAAAGUUUGUUUGAAGCAAGCAGUAGUUAAGGUGAUUCCCUGAUUUUGCAUUGCGCAUCUCUCACUGCGCAUAACAAGAUGGCCUCCGUAAAAAACAGCAUGUGAAGUAACAUUAUUAAAAUGAAGUUGACCGAAGAGAAACGCUAUUGCAAUUUUUGCUUGCGGUUGUUUCUUGCCGAGGUGAGACUCAAUGUGGUGGGAAUGUGCAUAAUGUAAGCAGUACGCGUGUUGCUGAGUUCGACUUCCUCACGGAGAACCUCGAUAGCGGAUUUUUAAUUUGUGCUUAUUCACUUUGAUUUUCAUUUAAACGCUUUCUUUAUCACAUUGUGUCCUAAAUUUGAUAUCUCGAUGUAAAUUCUGUAAAAACGGAUUUUUUAAUACUUUCUUCCCCCUUUCACAUACAUUCUAUUUUGAAACUCGCCCCAGUCCUCUCUCAAAAAUCGGGGAAAAUGCAUUUGGUGCGCACUUUCUGCAGCUCUACCGCAAAAACGAGUACGGUGACCCCCAUUUUUUAUUUC